UGCUGUUCUCAGACCGCCGAUCUUCUUCCUUGACAACAGGUCCUAAUCCAGUUUUUACGUCUCUACAUUGAAAGGUAUUAGGGCCCUCUAACUGCCGCCGUGUCCAAGUACACUACACCGGAGGAGAGGGGCUUUUUGAGCACACCGCGCCAUCUCAAGCAGAUGUCUCGGAGACGGUGUAAAACACCUCCCUGUAAAUGUUAUCCAUUCCCCGUGCAUCGCAUAAUGGCACCGAUAACGUUACCAUACCGUACCAUUACCAUACGUCUUGUCACACGACUGCCUGCUGUUCCCCGGCCGGCAAGCCGGAACCCAACCUUAGUAAAUGAAUUUGGGACAGCACAACCGACAAUCGGCAAUGGAUGGGAGUACAGCCGCCCGGGGCGGUCCGACCAUUGAUUCAACGAGUGCAUUCGUGCUUCUCGUAACCACUCUUGCCUUCUUCUUACCUCUACUCAUCCAUUUCCCGCCAAUUCCGCCGUCCAAGCGCGAUGCACUCCUUGAGACACAUACCGAGAUCGGCCUGAGACCAUCAAAAUCCCGCCUGCAAGGGAAUCUCAAGGUUGAGGCAGGCUCUACCGCUACAAGUAAUCAAACCCAGAUCCGCAGCCUCUGGAUCUACCCGCUUAAGUCGUGCAAGGGCAUCGAGGUGUGCCAGAGCAAGGUGCUCCCGACCGGUCUCGAGUAUGACCGUCUCUACACCUUUGCCCAGCUCGGGCACCCCGGCCCCGUCGGCGCGCAGAGGUCGCGGUCGUCGGACCGAGAUGAGAAGUGGCAAUUCAUCACGCAGCGCCAGUUCCCGCUGCUCGCCAUGGUGCAGGUCGACCUCUUCAUCCCGGACAUCGCCAGGGCCCGCGGCCAGCCCUCCAAGGUGUCGGAGCCCUUCCUGCUCGUCCGCUUCCCCUGGCAGGAACCUGGUCUGCGCGGCAUGCUGGCCUGGACCGCGGCCAAGCUGGCCCGCGGAUGGCGCGCCCGCCCAGAGAAGGAGUUUGUCUUGCCCGUAGCCUUUCCCUCGGAGGACGAGAUUGAGGCCCGCGGCUACACGCGCGAGCCCGUGACCAUUUGGCGCGACACGGUUGAGGCCCUCAACAUGGAGGCGGAGCUACCUCGGGAGCUCAGUCUGUACCUUGGCGUGAACGACAGGCUCGGCCUUUUCCGCGUCGACCCGGCCCGAUUACGAGACGUCUACCGGUGCGCCCCUACGCUGCACGAUGUUGGCUACCAGCCUGUGACCAACUUUCAGGAUGCUUAUCCCCUACACCUCCUAAACUUAGCCAGCGUCCGGGAUUUUGAUGCCAAGAUCGAGAAGGACAAAGCCCUUCCGGUCCUCGACCCAAGGAGGUUCCGGGCCAACAUCAUAGUUGACGGCGGUAACACGCCUUACGACGAGGAAACCUGGAAGAAGAUCCGCUUCACCCCGCGGCCUGGCAGCAAGCGCGAGGCCUCGACGUUCCAUGUAUCUUGUCGGACUGUCCGUUGCAAAAUGCCCAAUGUAGAUCAGGACACUGGUCAUCGUCACCCGGUAGAGCCUGACAAGGCUUUGAGAAAAUUCAGAGAUGUGGAUGAAGGCGCAAAGCACAAAGGUUGCUUGGGGAUGCAGCUCACUCCCCUGUUUUCCAAGACCGAGUCGCAUGAGGAUCUGGAAAGCUGGGUCGAGGUUGGGAUGUCGGUCCAGCUGCUAGAGCGCGGGCGUCAUGUAUACAUCCCGCAGUAGUGGGUCAACCGCGAAACAUACAUGCAGACAUGUACAAGUCCAUCAGUGUACAACAUGUAUAGACACCUCGGCAACGGCGAAAUAGCACAAAACAACCAGACAACAAUGCAAACCCAACACACUACUUGCCAGCGCA